AUGAGUCAAACUCCAAGCUUGAAACGAAAGCAACAGACCAUAUCUAGCUUCUUCACCAAGGCAGCUCCUAGUCCGUCCUCAAAUGGAAUCACGACAGAACGGAAAAGAGGGAAAGAAAAUAUCCGCAACCAUGCUGCUUCUGAAGGGUCUACUAGGUCUAAAUCAAAAUCUCCACUAAAGGAGGGGAGCAAUGGCAAUACGCAAGAUAUUGAUGAAGACGAAGAGGAGGACGAAGUUAUACUCCCGGUGAAGAAACGGAUAAGAAGCAGUGCUUGGGAACCUGCCGAGAAAGUGGUAGAUAAGGGAACAAUGGCUAACCAUAAUGACGAAGACGAAGAAGAAGUCCAGCCAUCUAGCCUUAUAAAAAACGCUGAGCCUCAAUCUUCUGCCUCUCGGGCUGAGAAAUACCGAUUCCAAUCAUCCCCUGUGCAACCCCUGAUAGAGGAACAGAUAUCCCCAGCAGAACGAAAACGGAGAGAUCAAUUACACCAGAAAUUUGUCCGUCGGUUGGGUGGGCCAGACUGUCUUCCAUCCCUACGUUCUUAUGACGGUGGUUCAGAGGUAGACCCAACAAUUGAAGGCGCAGCAAGUGAUGAAGAGGAAGAACAUACACCGCCCCCUGUAUCGAAGGGCAAAGCGGGGAAGAAAGCAGGAGGCUCCAAGUUAACGCCAAUGGAGAAGCAAAUACUGGAGAUCAAGAAUAAGCACCUUGACGCAGUACUGCUGAUUCAGGUGGGGUAUAAAUUCCAGUUUUACGGUGAAGAUGCGAGGAUUGCAGCCAAGGUGCUCAGUAUAGUAUGCAUACCAGGGAAACUCAGGUUUGAUGAGCUAACAACAGAUCCAUCGGAAGCCCACUUGACUCGAUUUGCAUCGGCGAGUGUACCUAUUCACCGGCUUCAUGUACAUGUCAAGCGGCUGGUGACGGCCGGGUAUAAGGUUGGCGUCGUUAAGCAGUUGGAGACUGCCGCGUUAAAGGCUGCUGGUGACAAUAGGAAUGCACCUUUUGUCCGAAAACUUACAAAUAUGUAUACCAAGGCCACAUACGUUGAAGAUGAUGCUGAAAAUGAGUUAUCUGGUGCCCUAGAGCCGUCUACGGGAUACUUACUCUGUUUGACGGAGAGCGGUGCCAAAGGCCAAGGAAAUGGCGAGAAAGUCCAGAUUGGAAUUGUUGCGGUCCAACCUGCUACAGGGAACGUUAUAUACGAUAACUUUGAGGAUGGAUUCAUGCGAAGCGAAAUCGAAACAAGGCUGCUUCAUAUUGCUCCAUGUGAACUGCUUUUGGUUGGUGACCUGUCUGCCGCAACGAAUAAGCUCGUUAAGCACCUCUCUAAGGGAAGGAUGACUACGUUUGGGGAUAAUGUUCGAAUUGAGCAGAUGGAGAAGUCCAAGACUGCUGCUGCUGAAGCACAUAGUCAUAUCUCAAGUUUCUAUGCUGGAAAGAUGGCAUCAACAGGCACGCCAGAGGAUGAGAGGGCAAGUGGUCUUUUUGACCAAGUGUUAAAACUACCGGAUGAUGUCACCAUCUGCCUCUCGGCUAUGAUCAAGCAUUUGACUGAGUAUGGGUUAGAGCAUGUGUUUGAUCUUACAAAAUACUUUCAGUCCUUUUCAGCGAGAUCCCACAUGCUGCUCAAUGGCAAUACGUUAACGAAUCUAGAGAUAUAUCAGAACCAAACAGACUAUUCCUCAAGGGGCAGCUUGUUUUGGAGUAUGAACCGAACUCGGACAAAAUUCGGACAACGUCUACUUCGCAGAUGGGUUGGAAGGCCCUUGUUAGACAAAGCGAAGCUUGAGGAACGCAUUGAGGCAGUGGCAGAACUCCUUGAGCCAGACAAAUCCACGCUAACACACAAUCUGGGGUCUAUUUUAUCACAGGUCAAGAUUGACCUUGAAAAAGCCUUGAUUCGAGUGUAUUACGGGAAGUGUACUCGUCCGGAACUGUUAACUAUGCUAAAAAGCAUGCAGUCAAUUGCAAUGGGCUUCGCACAUGUAAAGUCUCCAGCCGACACUGGCUUCACAUCUCAUAUCCUGAGUGAAUCAAUUGCAAUUCUGCCAACAAUUUACGAUGGCGUUGUUGCAUACCUAAACAAAAUUAACGAAGCGGCGGCACGGAAAGACGAUAAAUAUAAUUUCUUCCGCGAGUCAGAGGAAACAGAGGAGAUUGGUGAACAUCGUUUGAUGAUCGGAACGAUAGAGUAUGAGCUUAAAGACCACCUGAAGUCUAUAGCGGAAACACUGGGAAAGAAGAAAGCCCAGUAUGUAUCUGUUGCAGGAAUUGAUUAUCUAGUCGAGGUUGAGAACUCUCAGAGCACUUUGAAGAAAGUCCCAGCGUCCUGGCGGAAGAUUAGUGGCACCAAGAAAGUAUCGCGCUUUCAUACUCCUGAAGUUGUGAAAAUGAUGCGAGAAAGAGAUCAGCAGAAAGAAUCUCUUGCUGCUGCGUGUGAUAAAGCAUUCUUGGACCUUCUGGCGGAUAUAUCAACGAAAUACCAGCUGUUCCGUGACUGCAUUCAAGCUCUCGCGACAAUCGACGCGUUGCACUCCCUAUCCGUUAUCGCCGCCCAGCCCGGCUACGUCAAGCCAAAGUACACAGAUGAGACUGUUAUAAACAUCUCGCAAGGCCGUCAUCCGAUGGUGGAGAAAGUUUUAAUCGACUCCUAUGUUCCGAAUGAUACCCGGCUAAGUACUGAUGAAACAAGAGCUCUACUUGUCACUGGCCCCAAUAUGGGAGGGAAAUCCAGCUACGUGCGCCAGAUCGCUUUAAUAUGUAUCAUGGGCCAGAUUGGCUCCUACGUGCCUGCCGAGUCCGCUACGCUCGGCAUGCUUGAUUCCGUGUAUACUCGCAUGGGGGCGUUUGACAACAUGCUCGCAGGCGAGUCUACGUUCAUGGUCGAACUAUCGGAAACAGCCGAUAUCCUAAAACAAGCUACCCCCCGUUCACUAGUGAUACUUGACGAGCUCGGCCGUGGAACAUCUACACAUGAUGGUGUAGCUAUCGCGCAAGCUGUUCUUGACUACAUGGUUCGCAACUUGCGAAGUUUGACUUUAUUCAUCACACACUACCAGAAUCUCAGUCGGCUUGCGAGUACGUUUCCGGCCGGCGAAUUACGAAAUGUGCAUAUGAAGUUUACCGAGACCGGCGACCAAGGACAGGACAUCACUUUCCUCUAUGAAGUAGGCGAAGGGGUAGCUCACCGGUCGUACGGGUUGAAUGUUGCAAGGCUUGCCAAUAUUCCAUCUGGGAUAUUGGAGGUAGCGCGGAUCAAGUCAGGAGAGCUGGAAGCUAAGAUAAGCAGGAAGAAGAUGGGCUGUAUGCUCAGGGGUAUAUUCCAGACUCUAUCUGAGAAGGCCUCCAACGGAAGUGGGGAAGAGCUGGUUGGGCGCCUUCUCGAUGACAUCGAACUGUUGUAA